GUUGUCAAACGCAUCACAAGAGGUGUGAAAAUCAUAACAAAUAUUGAAACCGAUUGUCAAACACUUUGGUCCACAACCGGAUUAACCACUCGUCGGACAACCCAUUACUACCGCCGCUGCAAAAUCGCCGCUAAUUAUCACCACUCGAUCGAUGGACUGAAGAGGACGGUCGACAUCGCGAGCCACGACUAGUGGAUCCAAUGAGUGUCCCGGACUAUGACCAGUGCGCUGACGAUCACCAGUGCCUACUCGUGGUGGUCAAGCAAAUCGGUCCGCAAAUAAGUCCCAAACUAUUCAACCGGAUCUACGAUGGGAUCAACAAAUUGUGUGAGAUAUCGGUGAACGACGCCCAGGGAGACACUUUCGCCAACACUUUAUACGAUUCGCGCUGUUUUCUGGUCAACGAUAUCACUGACCACUCGAUCGUCGACGGCGUUAACAAUGGACUCAACAAUGAACGGCACAAUAGCAUCGGCGCCGCCGCCGCCGCUGUGGCGGACACCGAGUCGUCGCACAAAGACUCGGCCAUUGAUUUGACCGAAAGUGAAUCCAUUAUUAGUCAUAAUAUCGAUCAUCAAAACGAUUAUUUUGACGAAACAGACGACUCGUGCGCUCGGAUGCGAAGUCUGUCGAAGUCGUUCACCAGCGCUGGUGACGAUAUAAUCGACGGCUUUGACAUCAGCGACCGAAUGCCUUCUUGUGGUGCGGAACCAAUUCUAAGUGAUAGCCAUUUGUCGAUAACUCACGUCAAUAUAGACUCAUCUGAAUCUAGUCCCGAAUCUAUUGAUGAGAUUAAUGCUCAAUACUGUGUGACCGACGGCCAGUCGACGGCCGCCGCGACGAACGGUUCGCUCACAACGAGUCCUAAUAAAACUCUGUCAUCGCAUAAGAGUCGCAACGAUUUGAGCGAUGAUUUGCCAAAUAAUAAUAAUGUGCUAAACAGUGAUAGCGUUCAGACAUCGAUACCAUCGAGACCUCAAUUCACGGAAUAUAUUCGGUACGAAUCGGACGACGAGUGUUGCGAUCGGAUUGAGACAAACGUCAAGGACUUUAUAUCAUCGCUGUUUUGGGUGUUGGAGAAGAAACGGUUGGAUCGGACCCACGAAAAGCAGGAGAAGAUACCGCUUCUGAUCGCGCCGUUCGAGAAGAAAGAUCUGAUCGGUUUGGACACCGAUUCCCGAACGUUCCGCAAACGAUGUUUGGGACGAAUGCGCAAACACGUGGCCGAUCUUGUGAUUAAUGCUCAAUACUGUGUGACCGACGGCCGCACUGACGGCCAGUCGACGGCCGCCGCGACGAACGGUUCGCUCACAACGAGUCCUAAUAAAACUCUGUCAUCGCAUAAGAGUCGCAACGAUUUGAGCGAUGAUUUGCCAAAUAAUAAUGAUGUGCUAAACAGUGAUAGCGUUCAGACAUCGAUACCAUCGAGACCUCAAUUCACGGAAUAUAUUCGGUACGAGUCGGACGACGAGUGUUGCGAUCGGAUUGAGACAAACGUCAAGGACUUCAUAUCAUCGCUGUUUUGGGUGUUGGAGAAGAAACGGUUGGAUCGGACGCCAAACCUGUGGCUAAGGGCUUGCAAGGCGUUUGCUACAAACCCUGCUUACGCGUUUGUGCACCGGCACCUCUCGCUGUUGGCCGGUCUGCCCAACGAAGCCCUAAACCACUACUGCUCGGCCAUCGAGCAGUUGAAAGCCGUUAGCGAUUGGCUUUGGUUGGCCGCCGCUCUCGAAGGCCAAUGCGUCGCCUCAUUGACACUACUCUACCCGAACAGAGCCCGCCGUAUGUCCUCCGCAUCGUUUCAACGCAACGCUUCCCUCCCGUUGUCUAAAAUUGCAAAGAAUGGCCGCAAGAGUUUAGCGCACUCUAAGUCUCUCAAUAGUAAGAGUUUGCCCAAUGGUUUGGAUCCGGUUUUGACCAAAAAUUUGGGCAAAAAUAUUUUAAAUAACAGCGAAAUCUACGAUAAAUACAAAGAGGCCGCCUGUCAUUACGCUAAGGUAAACGCCCGAAGUUUGCCCAAUGGUUUGGAUCCGGUUUUGACCAAAAAUUUGGGCAAAAAUAUUUUAAAUAACAGCGAAAUCUACGAUAAAUACAAAGAGGCCGCCUGUCAUUACGCUAAGUACCGAAACGCCGCUAUUCUCGAGUUUGAGUGUAGUUUCAAAGCGGCCCGAGUUUUGACGGAUAUAGAGAAGUAUUUGUGGUCUUCGGAGUUCAUACAGAACGCAGUGUUUAUCUCAUUUAAUCAGACAAAUGAAGAGCAGAAUUUGUUUUUGCAGAUCGAGAGGCUGUCAAUGAUUGCAGAAUUGUAUUCAAAUAUUGGGUUUUCACGAAAGGCUGCGUUUUAUCGCCGAUUCGCUGCACUCAAAGCGGUGUCCCUUCAUCUCCAAAACCCCGAUUGGGAGAAAUGCUAUUAUCUAUUGAUGCCGUCCCUCGAGGGCUAUGGUCUGACAUUAGAUCCCAUUGAAUAUCAGCGACGAAUUGAUACGAACGCAAUCGGAUGGCCCGGAAUUCAUAUGCAAUUACUGCAAGAAUUGGUCACCACUGCUAUCAAAAUGAAUUGCGAGCCCUUAGCUGUCCGUCACUUGAGUUUUCUAUUGCACGCACUCUUCGAGUACUUAUCUGUUCAACAAAGACAAGAGUUUGCGACAAAGCUUUCCUCGUUGUCGUCGCGUUGUGGCGAAGGAUCGCCGGUCCCUCUGAAGCUUCAAAACGGAAUAGUCAUCCCUUCUGUCAAUUUAACCAAAUUUCCAACUAUUGUCUCGUUUAAAGUGCAGAAUUUGGCGCCACAUUUACGGCCCAUUAAAUUGAAGUCGAAAACUAAACCCAAUCCGACGACUUCGACCCCUUCCAGUCCUUUCAUCUUCACACCGCUUCAACUGAACAGAACUGUUAAUACUCCCCGAAGACUGUCUACAGUGACAACAAACCUGGAGUACAAAUGGGCCGAAGGGGAGGUCGCGACCAUUACUAUGGUUUUGGACAAUUAUCUGCCAAUAGAUCUGAUUAUAACUCAUAUGUCAUUAAUGACCGACGGACUGGCGUUCGAGACAUAUCCCACUUCAUUGACGUUGAGCUCCGAAUCGCAGAACACAACCGUCAGUCUGACCGGAAUUCCCCGCUCUAACGGUCGGCUCGAUAUCUUAGGCUAUACUACACACACGUUGGGUGUGAAGAGCGAGUGUCGGCUGCGAGAGCUGCCGAACGCCAAGAAACUCAAACUACCGAAGAGUUACUCAAUAGAAAUCAUUCCGUUUUUACCGUUGAUCGGCAUUUCGUGCUCUUUGCCGAAAGCGAACCAAUUCUCAAGUCUGUCGGCCAACGACGGCACUCACAUCGCGUACAGCGCGUCGGUCACGAUGUUUGCCGGCGAGAGGCGCACGUGUCAGCUAACGCUGUCCAACAACAGUCCGAACAGCGAACUCAUAGAACUGAUUAACAUUAGUGUUGUGUCGAAACUGCCAAAGGAGACGGAAAAGUCGCUGUUUGAAUGGAGCGACCACUCAAUCAAUAGCGAAUUACCGCUGGCCUGCGGUUCGUCCGUUACGUUCGAUUUGACACUCAACGCCAUCGGAGACUUUGUCAUCGAAACGAACGCAACCAAAAGCAAUACUACGCGAACGGCGGCCGCCAACAGGUCGUCAGCGGCGGCCAGUCGUAGCCAAACGCCGUACAGUUCGCACCAGAAUUCUCCCGCGCACGCGUCGGCCAGCGCUGCCAAAAAGACUCAGUUAUUAGGUUCGACUACUUUAGCGAAUUUCAUCUCUGAAUUACAAACCAGUAAUAAAUCCAAACAAAUAAGUGAUAAACGAAUUACAGAAAGCAUUGAUUUGUGUCCAUCAAAGGUUCGCAUUUCAAAUGUUUACUUAUUUCACUAUUUCUUUACUCAUAAUAAUGUCAUAAUUUAUAUAUUCGUUGAGCAGAUAGUAGAAGCCGUGCUUCAGUUUGAAUACAGCGGAGGUCCGGGUCUCGCCUCCGGUUACUGUAGGCAU